AGGUUUUCUUUAGAGGAUAGAAAUCUUUAAAACUUCCUUUACUUUCUCUUAUGAUAAUAUGUUCCAAAAAGAAAAUAAUUAGGUUGGUGUAGUGAGCAUGAUGCACGGGGUCAUUUGUUCAGGGCUGGGCAGUUCUUUAGCGACGUCCACUUGGCAUCCUUGUUGCUUCUGUGGUUGAAGAGGACGCCGGUAGCUCGUUGCUAGGAAAGGGACGGGCGGCGAAGAAGUCUCCGUGCAUACCUGGUGUCCUGUAACCAGCCCCACUUCUCUUAGGGGCUCUGAUGAUUCAUCCCCUUUCGGCCCUGCCCUGUACUUCCCAAUACUGAGAGGCAGCACCUGGGACUGGAACGCUGUCAGCGCUGCCUUGUGUUUUCCUGCCUUUCAGAAUUUGGGGAAUAAUCCUGACUUUAAAUAACUGGAGAUGGUAUCUCGGGCCAAAGUUCCGGGUCUGCAGCGAGUGCCGUAGCUGAGCGCUUUGGCUGUGCGGCCGUAGACGCCCGUCCUUGCCCGUGUCUCCGCUGCCGGCAGCUUUCGAUUUCGCGGGGCAAAGUCUCGGCCGCUCGGGACAUGGAGCGACGCGCGCUCCCGCCCGGCCCCGCCCGCGGGGGCCGAGGGCAGCGGGGCCGGGGUCGCGGCGGGGGCCGGGGCCGGGGCCGGGCUGCGGAGCGGCUGCCCCGGGCCCCCCAUCCCGGGCCGGCCCCGACCCCCCGCCCCGGCGGGCCCGGCCCCGCGGCCGUGGACGAGCGGCUGCUGCGGGCCCUGGGGGGGCUGAGCCUGGGGCCCCCGCGGGGCGGCGGCGGCGGGAGGCUGGUGCUGCUGCGGGGGCUGCCGGGCGCCGGCAAGAGCACCCUGGCCAGACAGCUGAAACGUGACAACCCCAGUGCUGUAGUCCUUAGUACUGAUGACUUCUUUAUUGAAAAUGGUGUCUACAUCUUUGAGCCUGACUUCCUAGAGGAUGCACACAAGUGGAACCAGAAAAGAGCACGCAAAGCAAUGAAGAAUGGGAAAAGCCCGGUUAUUAUUGAUAACACCAACAUCCAUGCUUGGGAGAUGAAGCCGUAUGUGAUGAUGGCACAUGAAAAUAGAUAUGAAGUUACAUUCCAAGAACCGGAUACACCCUGGAAGUUCAAUGUUCAAGAACUGACAAGAAGAAAUAUUCAUCAUGUCCCUCGGGAAAAGAUACAACGAAUGAAAGAACAAUACGAGCACAAUGUUACCUUCCACAGUGUUCUCCGGUCUGAAAAACCAAGCAGGGAUGAGGGAAGCUACAGUGGAGCAAGUGCAGCUUAUGGGACGGGUCCCCAUCCCACCCACCUUUCUGCCGUCCCAAGGAGGAGACCUGGCACGGCACGUACGAAUGUGACAUUUAACUGAAGAUGUGCAUUCCUUGGUGUUUUAAUUAUCAGGGUACAAGAGUCUCUAGUUUUACAUUUUUUUUUCUAAACUGUUUUUAUUCUUGUGUUUUUCUACUACAUUUCUAAAUUACUUUUAUUUCUUACUAAUCUUUAAAUGGCAUUGGACCGUGAUCUCACAGCUCUGUGUGCUCACUGGAAGAGUACUGUACCCAGUACAAACUGUACUCUGUCUCAUGCCUCUUCCUCCCUGAAAAUCCAUCCAGGGAUGUGUGAAAUGCACUGGGCUCUACCAAAUGCCACAUUUUGGAUAUUUUUUCCUGCAUCACAGUCUGACACUAGCAAUAAACAUUCCUAACGUAUUUCUGUCUUAAGGCCAUUGUGGCCAAUUCUUUCCCCACACAAGUGGCAUUCCUCGCCAUUUUAAAGCUUUAUAUCUGACUGUAUAAACUUCUUGUAGCUACUACCUUGCCUACAGCAUUAUUGUAACCUUCAGAGGCAAAGUGAAUGAUGGCAAAGUAGCUCAGCAGAUUGUAGCAAGGUCUGAUGCUGUUCCCUCUCUCCACUGACUGGAUUCAUGCUGGUCUUACCUCACCCACAAACAGCCUCGCCAGCCUGCAAGCAAAACACUUCAACAGAGCAAACUUAGCUCUUCAUCUUGUCAAGACACAGGAGUUCACUGAUCCCAAGAUGGAGAGGCACCUAAAAUGAAACAUUAGUGUUAGGCGUGUGUGUGUUAAUUCCUAAGUGGGAACAGGGCUACAGGAGCAGCUCUGAGAAGCUGAAGCAGAAACACAGACCAAGGAGCUAUGUAAUAAUAAUAAUAACUCUGUGUGGCAUUUUGGUGUGAAUCAAUCAUAGCUGUUCUUUAAACCUGCUUUAGUGCUACAUGGAAAGUCAGAGGAGAAAAGUACAAGAACUGUGCCAGAAUAGCAGAGCAACAUUUCAGAAUUAAAGUGUUCUGUUUGGUGAAAAUAAGAAAACUCUUUAUUAUGCCCUGCGCCACUUUGGACAGCCAAACAACUAUUCUGAUGUUGCAGAGGGUCACAAAACUGAUGGCUUUAGACUGAAACAAAGACCCCGCUGUAAUAUAAGAACACAGAAUCAAUGGCUUACAAAAUGUCAUCAAACCCUCAGCCACACUGAUGUUAUUGUACAAUACAGCUUUGUGAGAAGUGUUUACAUACUAAACUUCAAACUGUUUUGCAAAUGAAGUGUUAUUUAAUGAGUCUGUUUUUGUAAUAGAACUUUAUUAAAUACAAUCAAGUUUUAAUGUACAAAGUGUAAAAAUAAUUUGAUUUUGAAAUAUAUACAAUACUGUACAUGCAC